CCCCUUCACUUCAUCUAGACUGUCGCCUGGAGUGGAUAUACCGGGAAUGGGAUCUUCAGCGAGAGCAAAGAAAAACUUCAAAUUCUUCCGCGUUUAUGCCCUUCAGAGGCUCCUCUUUAUCUUACGGGAAUAAUUGGGGGUCAAACUUAAACAAGACAUUACAUUCCAAUGUGAAGAAUCGUUGAAAGUGUAAGAAGUUUCCUGAAAAGAAAUACGAAUGGGAUAAAUUCUGUAAACAAGAUUAUAUAAAAGGCAUUUUAAUUUUCGGAACCUUUCCCUAAAUCAAUUGUUUUUGUUCAAUUAAAUAAAUUUAUUAUUAGCCUAUUGUUUUAAACAAACCUCACGUUAAUGUGCAGGCAAAACAUCAAGUAUAGGGGCCACUUUGAGUGAUAUUUGAAAGUUUUCUCUUCAGAAGUUGCGCGUGUGUAUGGAGAGUGGCGCAGACACCUGUGCGUAUUCGUCAUGGCGAAGUGGUUUAAAGAUUUUCCUACUAGUUUGAAGACUGGAUCCGACAGGAUCCGUUCAGCUUCAGAAUCGGGAACUCAGUCCCGUCCCAAACCGGUUCUGACAGUCGGUACUGGUUCUAAGGGGAGCCUGCGUAAAAAUUCUGGAGCGGAAAACGGUGGCGGUGGUGGCGGUGUGGGCUCGCUGCUCCACGGCAGAAAUCGUAAAAAUUCUGCCAUCGAGCUAGGACGGAACCACUCCAGCACCGGCUCAAUGAAAGACGGGAAAAUAUGGGAAAUUCUGAUCCCGGGAAAAAGUAAGAAGAACACCAAGAUGGAAGGGUUUGAAGACCAUCGCACCCUACGGACCACCAGCCUGGCUGAUGAGUACAUGAGCAGAAUGAUCAAGGUUAAUGAUCCAAAAUCCAGCCCAGGAGGAUCUUCUCCAGACAGCGAGAGGGCCAAAUCACCAAUCAGAACAGAACCGAUCAUCGUAGAGGAUUAUGCUGACCCAUUUGAUGCCGAGAAGACAAGAGAACAGAAAGAAGCUGAAAGAGAAGGAGAGAACGAUGGCUACAUGGAGCCUUAUGAUGCCCAGCUCAUUAUUACAGAGAUUCGCAGACGAGGCUCGAAGGAUCUUCUAAAAGUGUGUGUAGUGUUGAACGGAGGUGAGGGUGAGGGGUCUGGACCCCCUCAGAUCUAUGAUGUCCCAUAUGAGGAGGUUCUCGAGGGAAUUCCAUUGACCCGACCUGAGUCCGACUCCAGACCGCCGGCAGAGUAUGAGCUGCCCUGGGAGUGGAAGAAAGAGCAGAUUGUUAGAGCGCUGUCAGCUCAGUUUGAUGGAGCAGAGCGAAGAAAUCAAGAAGAAUCAGGUUCUCCUACUGUAAAACAGCAGACUCUGAGACAUAAGAGUUGGACGCCCAAAUCUCUACGACCAAAUCCCCCCUCCCCAACUUCCCCAUCUUCCCCCAGCACCACCCCAGACAGUGAGACACCAAUUGUUGAUCCCACCAUGCCCUUGGAGAAACAGAGCUGGUAUCAUGGCAGUGUGAGUCGUCAGGAGGCGGAGGCUCAGCUCCAGCAUUGUAGGGAGGCCAGUUUCCUGGUGCGAGACAGUGAAUCGGCCACCAGCAAGUACUCCAUUGCCCUAAAGACAAGUCAAGGAUGUGUGCACAUCAUCGUAGCGCAGACUAAAGAGUGUGGCUACACACUGGAAAAGAGCAGCUGUGUGUUUCCAAGCAUCCCAGAAGUGGUGCACCACUACUGUACCCAGCGCCUCCCUUUCACAGGGGCUGAACACAUGACCCUGCAGCACCCCGUGCCACGCACACACUGAACCCACACGCACACACAAAACAUGCUGAACUUAAACACACCAUUUUAUGAAGCAAAACAUUGAAUCUACAAUACCGUGGUGCCAGUCGAUCAUAUUUAGUGUUUUUAUAUUGUGUCCUAACCAGGCAAGAUGCGAUACAAUUCCAAUACGAUGACAAAGAAUUUGUCUGUCCACAUCAGACAUGUUUUGGCUAUCAAACGAGACAAAUAAAUCAAAUAUCACUCAUUUAGAAAGGCAUGUGUGGCAGAGCUUUCUGAAAAACAUACUUUGAUUUCCUUAUUGUUUAUCUUCUGAAACCUAUAUUCGCAACCUAUAUUCUGAUCCAUUGUAAUGCCCUUAUAAAUAGUUCAGCAUUAGUUCAGAGGUGUGUGUUUGUGUCUUAAAAUGUGUUUUAGACAUUGCUGGAAAUGUCUUACUGGAAAUUAAAAUGUGGUAAUUAUUAAUUCAUUAAAUUUCAUUCGGCUUAGUCCUUGAUUAAUCAGGGGUUGCCACAGCGGAAUGGACCACCUACUAUAGUAAUUACUUUAGUGAUCUUAACCAAAUGUCAGGGGCAAUAUCCUCAAGAAGAAUGUCAGAAAUGUAUGUUUUAAGCAAAAUUUGAACUAAAGUUUAUUUUAAAGAUGCCAUAGUUCACCAAAAAUAUCAAUUUACUUCUAAAUCAAUAUCAAAUAUCAAUUUACUAUUUUAAAUUUUUAUAUUGUUGCAGGUCAUAAAAUCGGUUCUGUCACUUUAAGAGCAAUAAAAAAAUUACAAAUAUAAUCUAAUAUAACAAAAUGACUAUCCAUCGCAGCUGCUGAUACAUUGAGAAUAAUACACCUCACAGAAUUUUUUUAAAUAUUGAUUGUAAACAUUUUUAUCAUCAUUUUAUUUCACAGUAGCAUGUUUAACAUUAUCUCUGAAUUUUAUUAUAAAGUGUGACUUUUCUGGAAAUUAUCACCCGCUUGGAAUGUUAUCACUCGAUUGAAUAAGCAUUAUCAGUGGUUAUCAGCUGAUAGAUAUUGGCCAGUAGGGGCCUUCUGCGCCUGCCUACUUGUAGGCUCAGAAGGUUGUUAUCAUCCAUCCAUAUGGUUAAUCAGCUGAGAAGACUCCAGAUCCAGAUCUGUUUUUAUAUUACUGUAAUGGUUGGCUUUAGGGUUGAGGUAGGGGUAGACGUUAAUAAAAUAUGAUUAAUGGGAAAUUUGAUAAAUAAUUUUCGUUAACUUCCGGCAGCAGUCAUAUGGAAUCUAUAGCUGAUUAACCAUGUGGAUGGAUGAUAACAGCCUUCUGAGCCUACCAGUAGGCACAGAAGGCUCCUACUGGCCCAUAUUUAUCAGCUGAUAAC